UCACUAAUGGCAGCCGCCGUCAAAAUACUGGUUAUUCACUUUUAAGUUUUUAAUUUCAUCGUAUGGAUCAGUUUUAGUUAAAAUUUUAAAAUAAAAACUAAAAAAAAUCCUUCAUUAAAAUAUUAACAAUAUGAGCGAUUCUGAGGCUGAUGAACACCGUGAAACAACGGUAGAAGCCCAGGAAGGAAGUGACACAGAAGAAGCUCCUGAUUCUCCUUCGAACGCGACAAAAGCUUCCCCAGGACCCAUUCCUGCAGAAGAUGAUUCCAUACCUCCAGCAAAACGCCGCAGGGAAGACGCACAUGAAGCACAUGGAACUCGUGAAACCGACAAUACCAGUGUGGUGGCCUCUCACUACAAUAAACUCAAAGAAGCAGGACUUGACGAACGCUCCAAAUCUCGAAUCCUACACAUGCGGAAUUUUAACAACUGGACCAAAAGUAUGUUCAUAAACGAAUACUUGAAUAAAAUCAAAAACAGCCGUAAGCUGGGUGAACCGAUUCGCGUACUGGACAUGUGCUGUGGCAAGGGCGGCGACUUAUUCAAAUGGGAAAAGGGAGGAAUCACGCAUCUGAUUGGUACUGACAUAGCCGAGGUUAGUGUUGAACAGUGUAAGUCUCGAUACGAUGGCAUGAUGAACAGGAACAACAAAAUGGGAUCUCGAUUUACGGCCGAGUUCUUUGCCUGCGACUCGACUUUGGUGCGCCUAAGGGAGCGCUACAAGGAUCGCUCAAUCAAGUUGCAGCUGGUGAGUUGUCAGUUUGCUUUCCAUUAUGCUUUUGAGUCAUUGACACAAGCCGAUUGUAUGGUGCGUAAUGCGGCUGAGUGCCUAGAGCCAAAUGGCUAUUUUAUUGCAACAAUACCUAACGCUAAUGAGAUAAUGAGGCGUCUCCGAGCCUCAGAAAAUAGAAAGUCCUUCGGGAACGAUUUAUAUCGUAUUGAUUUUAUAUCUGACACCGAGAAACCGACGCUGUUCGGUGCAAAGUAUCAGUUCCAUCUAGAGGGUGUGGUGGAUUGUCCAGAAUUCCUGGUGCAUUUCCCGACUCUGGUUAAACUCUGUAGAAAGCAUGGUUUGCAACUGGCCCGGAAGAAUACCUUUGCGGAGUAUUACAAGGAAUCGUUCGAAGAGGGAAGACCCCUUUUGGAAAGGAUGCAGGCUCUCCAGUCUUAUUUUGUGCAGAAGUCUUCGAAAGAUGACGAGGAAUUUGCUCAUGUAAGAAAAAUUGCCAAUGCAACGAAUUGCAAUUCAAAGCCUUACGGAACUUUGUCUAAGUCUGAAUGGGAAGCGGCAACUCUUUAUAUGGUCUGUGCUUUUAAAAAAUGCAACUACACUUGGGAUACUGAAGGCAAGCCGGUGUAUGAAUUUGAUAGUUAGUUUUCUUUAUUUUGUAACCACUAAGGUGUUCUUUUUUUAAUGAAUCAUUAGUGUUAACGAAAAAACCUAAAUUUGUUUUUGAUUUUUAACGAAAUUAUACAAAUUAAUAUGUACUUGGAAUAUAAUAAUGUUACCACUUGGA